AUGGCGGAAGGAAAUAAUCGCAGCACCAAUCUGCUGGCUGCAGAGACUGCAAGUCUGGAAGAGCAGCUGCAAAGAUGGGGAGAAGUGAUGCUGAUGGCAGAUAAAGUCCUCCGAUGGGAAAGAGCCUGGUUUCCACCUGCCAUCAUGGGUGCGGUUUCUUUGGUGUUUCUGACUAUCUACUAUCUAGAUCCAUCUGUUCUAGCUGGUGUUUCCUGUUUUGUUAUGCUUUUGUGCUUGGCUGACUACCUUGUUCCCAUUCUAGCACCUAGAAUUUUUGGCUCCAAUAAAUGGACCACUGAGCAACAGCAAAGAUUCCAUGAAAUUUGCAGCAAUCUAGUAAAAACGCGACGCAGAGCUGUGGGCUGGUGGAAACGCCUCUGUCCACAACCUCCUUCUCACCUACCUGAUAUGACUUUCUUACUUUUGCUUCCUGCACUGAACCAACAUGGAAUCAUUUCGAAAUACAUCAGAAUGGCUAAAAGAGAGAUAAACAAGCUUCUGAAACAAAAAGAAAAGAAAAAUGAAUAA